AUGUGUAUUACUUCAUUUUCAAAAGUUACUCAAAUGAGGAGCUUGGACAACAAGUGGCUAGAGCAAGAGGCCCGCAGCAUUACUCAACAUUCCAGUAUACACCGAGAAGAACCUACUGAAGUUGAAUAUGAGACUUUUAUCGAUGAGAAAAGAUCAAGUUCCCAUAUGGAUUUAGAGGCCCAGACCUACAACGUACAUGUUGAUCAUUUAUUUGAAAUUGCCGAGCUGAUUGUUGCCUUGAAGCAUCGAAAGUUUCGAAUCUGCGCGGAUGCAGUAAUGGGGCUGUCACCUGUUGUUAUGUUAAUAUUCUUCUGGUUCCUUAUACAUGCAUCAACUAUGGCGGAUUUAGCACACUAUUUCAAGUGGUUGGAAGCUUUUGUAUCUCUUGUGCAUCUAAUGGGAUUUGGUUUAAAUUUACAGUACUACAGGACCACUGUUGCUGUUAAGAACUUGAGAGACGGGGUCAACUUGAACAAACAUGAUAUUUGCAAACUUGGAACCAUUCCGAGAUUAAUUGUCGGUGCAGUGUGUUUUUCAGUAUUAUUUUCGAUACUCCACGCUUUGAGCUGUCUUGACGAUUACGAACUUUGUAUUCCCAAAAACUUUUCGAUGGCCGAGACUUCGCCAUGA